GCCCGGGCGCGCACAGGCGCAGUCCUGCGGCAGCCCCAGCGCGGAGCAGACAAGACUCCCCCGCUGUCGCCGCGUCGCCCAUGAGAGCCGGCCGCGCCUAGCACCCCCUCGCCGCCAACAUUCUGUCCAUCAAGGAGCGGCUGCUCGAGGAACUGGCGCAGGUGUCCCAGUUCCUCAACCAGAAGAUCAUGGCGACCAUGGGCUCGCCCAGCCACCAGCUUCGCAAGGACGUGGGUCACCUCAAGUACACCGAUCUACUGCCAUACAACAAGGACGGCUACGCGGCGACACGCGAGUUCCUGCUCAAGGUGACAGAGCUGCUGGUGGAGUUCGUCAAGGACACGCACGACCGCAACAAGAAGAUCCUGGACUUCCACCACCCUGCCGAGAUGUUGCGGCUGUUGGACCUCGACGUGCCGGACCGCGGGCUGCCCCUGCAACAACUGUUGGAUGACUGCUCCAAGACUCUCCAGUACCAGGUCAAGACAGGACACCCGCGCUUCUUCAACCAGCUGUCGUGCGGCCUGGACCUGAUCUCCAUGACGGGCGAGUGGCUGACGGCCACGGCCAACACCAACAUGUUCACCUACGAGAUCGCGCCCGUCUUCAUCCUCAUGGAGCACGUGGUCUUGGAGAAGAUGCGCGACAUCAUCGGCUUCCGCGGCGGCGACUCCAUCCUGGCGCCAGGCGGCUCCAUAUCCAACCUGUACGCCUUCCUGGCGGCGAGACACAAGCUGUUCCCCGGCUACAAGGAGAAGGGCAUACACUCCAUCGCCGGCCAGCUGGUCAUGUUCACUUCCGACCAGUGCCACUACUCGGUUAAAAGCUGCGCAGCUGUCUGUGGCCUGGGAACAGACAACUGCGUCGAGGUGCCUUCAGAUGAAAGGGGCCGCAUGAUCCCCGAGCAGCUGGAGAAGCUGAUCCUGGAGCGCAAGGCGAGGGGUCACGUGCCCUUCUUCGUGAACGCCACGGCGGGCACCACGGUGCUGGGCGCCUUCGACCCUCUCGAGCCCAUCGCCGACAUCUGCCACAAGUACCGCCUCUGGCUGCACGUCGACGCGGCGUGGGGCGGAGGCCUGCUGCUGUCCAAGAAGCACCGCCACCCACGGCUCACCGGCAUCGAGAGGGCGGACUCGGUGACGUGGAACCCGCACAAGCUGAUGGGCACACUUCUGCAGUGCUCCACCGUGCACUUCAAGGAGGACGGGCUGCUGAUCAGCUGCAACCAGAUGAGCGCCGAGUACCUGUUCAUGCAGGACAAGCUGUACGACGUGCGCUACGACACGGGCGACAAGGUGAUCCAGUGCGGCCGCCACAACGACAUCUUCAAGCUGUGGCUGCAGUGGAGGGCCAAGGGCACGGAAGGCUUCGAGAAGCACAUGGACCGCCUGAUGGAGCUGGCCGCCUACAUGACGCGCAAGAUCAAGAGCAUGCCCGACAAGUACCACCUGAUCGUGGAGCCCGAGAUGGUGAACGUGAGCUUCUGGUACGUGCCGAGCAGACUGCGCGGCAUGGCGCACACCGCGGAGAGGGAGAAGAUACUCGGAGAGAUCACGCCGGUGCUGAAGGGCCGUAUGAUGCAGGCGGGCACGCUCAUGGUGGGCUACCAGCCACUUGACGAGCGACCCAACUUCUUCCGCAAUAUCAUCUCGAGCGCCGCCGUCACCGAGGUGGACGUGGACUUCCUGCUGGCUGAGCUGGAGCGGCUGGGUCACGACCUGUAGGUCGGGAUGAAGCUACUGGUCACGACCUGUAGGUCGGGAUGAAGCUACUGGUCACGACCUGUAGGUAGGGCUGAUGCUACUGGUCACGACCUGUAGGUCGGGCUGAUGCUACUUGGUCACAACUUUUAGGUCGGGCAGGAGCUUCUCAACCUGUAGGUAGGACCAGACCUACUUGGUCAGGCCUGUAGGUCAGGUUAGAGCUACUUGGUCAGGCCUGUAGGUCAGGUUAGAGCUACUUGAUCACGACCUGUAGGUUGGGAUGAAGCUACUGGUCACGACCUGUAGGUAGGGCUGAUGCUAGUUGGUCACGACCUGUAGGUCGGGUCGUAGCUACGGGUUCACGACCUGUAUGACGGGACGGAGCCACUGAGUUACGACCUGUAGGUCUUGAAGCACACUCUACCUUAUAGUCCCCUCUCUCUCUUCUGCGACACGAGACGACCACGGCCUAAACUGUUGAACGAACCACACGCCCCGCUCAGUUGUUCCAGUGGCGUAGGUUCGCGUUCCUCUCGGAGGGUUCUCGCUGGUGAUCAUGAUCGCUAAAAACCCGGUACGCAUCAUUCCAAGUUAUCGACCCUGCACGAGAACAGUACUGAUGAAUUGUUGUAAUGUGGCCUGGCAGAACAGCUAAAACUGCUACAGGACUGUUUUAUGACACGCGACAUGCCAUAACCUCGCUCCAAGCUCACAGCACACCAUUCUGCAUGCACAUGCCUGAAUAGAUGUCAUAUUUUAUGAGACCAAAAUUUUUGCAUUCUUCGCUACCGUCAACGCUUCAUUGCAGUUUGUGUUUCAGAGAUGACGACUGUUUGCUUGUACGAAUGUUUGUACUAUAUUUUCAUAAAUGUGGGCCUGUUAAAUCCCUGCUUUGAGGUGUUGCAAUGAUUCUGAUAUGCGAACGUCUCAUGAUAAUGCGUGUGUGCUUCGACUGUUGGUGUGUCGGAUCGCUGCGUUGCAUGCCUUAAGACAAGGCUCUUCAUGUGUCGGUUGCUUGGAGAGAGCUCCAUUUACGUGAGCCACUGGUGAGCAGAGCUUUUAAUAAUAGUUACACAACACAUCCGAGUACUGUCUGUAAAGCAUGAAAUUUCAAAUGGGUGUUUAAACGGUUUUAUGGUAGAAGUGCCUGACACUAAUAUUUCCAAAAAAAAUUAAGUGUAAAAAUACAGUUAGAAAUUCUCAAAAUCACCUUCACAUUACACGUCUAUCUUCAUUUCUUCACCACUAACAGUUGGUGCCACGUGGCCACACGGACGACUCCUCGGUGCCUCGCGCUCAGAGACGACACAGCACUAGAAGCACCAGCCAGUUCUUCACAUUCAUGGAUAGGCGGAAGGCUUGAAUCUUGCGGUCCAACUGGAUUAUUUCCCGACCCGGAGAUCUACAGGAGUGCAGAGCAGAAAGUGUUGCAGAAAACACUAUGUUUACUGUCUGUAAAACUCAAGUAUCGGUAGUGAUGUGAGGCUGUUGACAUGGUCGUAGAUUGACUUUUUACAAAGUCCUAUUUAAGACACCUCUCAGGAAAGUAAUGAGGGAGUGUGUGUACCGGACGUAAGCCAUCAAGCUUACACAGCAAGAAAUGGCUCUAAUGAUUGUCAAGUGGUUCAGGGUUCAGUUCUAAUUUGGAUGUACUGUUGCCUCUAACCUUUUCUGCACGUAGUAACCGCACGAAGUAAAUCCACACAUUUACCUCAUAUACAUCCCUCGAGACUAAUGUCACACUUCAGCAAAUAUUUACCAGCAAUGUAUGCUAUUUCAACUGUUUACAAGGCGUCACUUAUUUAAUCAACUCAAGUUUUUCUUAUCUCAAAAUUUAUUUUACUAUUUAUGUUAACAUUGCACGGGCCCAAUAAUUCUGGAUAUGUCAUAAUAACUCAUUAAUUCUGGUUUUAGACCAAUCUUACUUAUUCUGCCUUAUACUUUCAGUGUUCCAAAACCAGGCAAUGGAAUGCAGUAGUUAUUUCUGUCAUAUCUUAUCCCCGAAUCACUGAGCACCAUUCUAAGACAACUGUUUCACGAGCCUCAUGCUUCAUAGUCCGAGCUGAACUUACGCCACUGGAUCGCUCGUGUCGCAUUGUCUCAUCAACGAUUGUGUUACCAGGCUUUGUUUUCUUGCUUAUAUGACAGACCACUGUUUCCAUGCAGUACUUACGUACAGAUAGUAUUCUUGAAGGUUUGACAUAAACAUCCAGCGAUUGCAGUUUCUGCAAUGAAAAAAGAACCUUGAAAAAUGUUUUUGUAAUUACAUGUCUUAUCCAAAUAAAAUAGCAAUUGAAAAUAAUUUGUCUGUGAUGCUGCGCGCAAUAAAAGCGAAUGUAACUUUAUUUUUUACUUGGCCUGAAUGAAAACAUUUUAAAAUGUUUGAAAAUGGCGCAAUGUGAAUAGUUUGAUAUUAAGGUUGAAAAAUAUAUCAUAAAUUUUAUAAAAAGAAUUAAAAACAAAUCAGUAUUUAUUAUUUUUAUGAUUUUACGUGAAAUGUUUAGAUGUAUAUACAUUCUCAAUUGUCAACACAUUUGACAUUUUAACGCUGGUACGACAAUAUCAUAGUUGUUAAUAGUUAUGUUCAAAUAUCUAAGAGUAAAACGUGUUAUGACAGUUGCUGUUUUUUGCUUCUUAAUGUCAACUUGUAAGCUUGUAUACGUGUGUACAAAGGAAGGCAUAAUUAUUAUCUGUAAAUUCGUUGGCAGGAAUUACUUGAUACAGCUAUCAUUAGUGUAUUGUAUGUAGCCUGAGGUAAACAAUGUGUAGCAGUGCAAUAAUGUCAUGUAUACAGAUAAAUUGUAAAUACUACAUUAUAUUUGAUACAUUAUUUAGUUAUUAAUUAGUUUUAUAAAAUAUGCCUUCAAAUACAUUUACCAGAGCUACAUAUAUAUUGCAAAAAUAGUUUUUAACAUAUAGUUUGCCAACUCUCUGAUUUUUUAAUUUUUCCCAGGAUAAAAUUUUUAUUCCAAUAAAAAAAUCACACCAAUAUAUUGAUAAGUAAAAUUUAUGUUUUGCACAAAAUCAAAACAUUGAUUUUUAAUACAAGCUUCAUAAUGUGCAUAUAUAUUUAAAAGUUCAAAAGUAAUUUUUAAGAUUAACGGACUGGACUACUUUUAGGCAUUUAGCAUUUUAGUGCUCUGAGGAUAUUCUUAACUUUACUUCCAAUCAGUAUUAUUUUUAAUUGAAAAUUACUCUUAUUAGCAGCUUGUGGAACCUGGUAAUGUCUUAUCGUUGUUACUAAUUAUCGUUUUGUGUUAUAAAUUUCUGCGAAUAUUAGAUACUUUCAUUUUUCAAAAUAUUUAAUGUAAAGAAGUUUUUUCUUGUAAUGCUAUGUUUAUUGUACCGGUUGUGCAUGUGGUGGUACAACAAAACGCGUGUAAAUAAAAAAAAUCUAAGACGGACGAAAAACACAGUAUGUGACAGAAGAAUUAUUGAUGUAUAGGAAACAUUUUUGUAAAUAUAUACAGAUUUUUUUUUUUUUCAAAAUUUGACGUGAUAAUGCACAACUGCAGAAACAAAUAAUAAUAAAUAUAUUUUUUAAAAUCAGCACUUCAGGUCAUAUCUACUGUAUAUUAUAAUUUCAUUUUACACGAUUCAUUCAGCAACUAAGUUAAAACGUAUGGAAGCACUAAUUUUACCUUCCUGUGGUUUGUUAUACAGUCAUUUCACAUAUUAAAAAUAUGUUCCCUUAUUCCAAAACAAACUAUAAGAAUGUUUGAGAAAAAAAUGUCGUUUAUGAGGUUUUCGUGUGUUUCUAGACAGUAACAUUUACUAAUUAAUCUAAAAGAAAAUACUGGCCAUUAUAAAUUGUCGUUUACUGAGUUCACAGUAAGAAAACUAUCGUCCUCAAAGCACUAAAAAUGGUGGCAAAUUUUCGUCUCCAAAAAGAGUUUUUUUUUAAUUUUUAGCUAGUUUUUCGUGAAUGCUGUGAUGUUUAUUUUUUGGCGGACGACGUUUACGAAGCUGAGAACAGCCCCACGCUUCAGCCACAACCACAAUAACACCCUUAAGUACAGCCAAGUGUCGACACUCUUUGGUUCAGACUACCCGGGAAGCUCCGGACCGAGGCUCUGUGAAUGUUAAUUAAACUGUGUGUCACGUAUUGCGUUCACUGCAGUUGCGAUAUUCGUUCUGGAAAAUACAGGAUGUCCAUAAAAGAAUGCCCCAGUUUCAAUGGUAUAUUACAACAGUUUAAUUUCGACUUUUUACAACAAAUCAUACAUCAAAUUGAAAGCAAACUAAGCUAGUUUUUCUUAAAAAUGUUCAAUGUGUGCACCUUUAGUUAUACGGCACACAUCCAACCUUAAAGUCCAAUUCUUUCCACACUUCGGUUAACACAUCCUGAUAGCCUAUCCAAUUAUGUGUCUCAACUCUGGCAAAUAAUUAGGUAGCGGCGGAACGUAGACACCAAAACCCCAGAGUCCAAAAGGAAAAAAAAAAUCGCAUGGCGUUAUGUCACGUGGAGGCCAGCGAAAAAGAGCUCUGUCGUCUAGACUAUUACGACCACCACACGAUCAAGAAAGUCAUAACAACCGCUCAAACGCUUGAAGAGUAAAAUUUAAACGUACACCAUAAAGCAUGUGGCAAAUGUAAGCGGUAUGGACGCAUGUGUAAACGUAUUCUUAAAACCUUCCACGCGGUCGUAGGUAUUUGGCAACUGAAGUUCAAGACUUGUCUUCCGAACAGAUUUCCUAGGACUACGCAGGUAAGACGCACUGACUCGGUAAACACCCUGUACAGACACAUUUGGUUUUCCCAUGCUCUUUCCUUUACAAACACGUCCGGUCUUUUAGAACCGCCUAUAACAUCGGCGGUUGUUUUGUGACGUGAAUCCGUCUUUAAAAUUGCUUCCAUACUGGGAGGUAAUUCAAAAAACCGAACGAUAACAAAAUCGGGGGAUACAGUUUGAUGUUGCAACUACAUAUCUAUCAUCUCCAUCUGAAAUUCAGUCACACCACUGGAUAGCUGAAGUAUCAAAGAAUUCGUUACGUUAAGUGAGGACUGUGACGAAUCGCGCGUGGUGGAGGGGGAAGCGCCGCCAUUUUGAGGUCAUUUCGCUACGUUUAGAGAUUUCCAUUUAGUUACGACUUUUGACUCGGAGAAGCUACGACGUUCGUUUGAGUUUCAAUUAUCAUCUCUCGUCAAAAUCUAUCGAUUGCAUGUAUAGAACAUUUGUGCAAAAUAGUUACAGUAAAUAUACAUGGUGUUAAAAUAAAAAAAUAGCGUAUUUUAUAUUUUGUAUAGAAAAUAUUACCUGUUACGUACACGUAUUCAUGUACAACACACGGCCGUGUCUAUUACACAGCCACACCCCAUUUUUUUUCCACAAGGGGGGAUCACAAUUAAACUUUAAACGAGACGAUCUUUCAACUAAAAUUACAGAUUCACUCUUGGCAAAUCGCAGAACACAAAAACGCUUUAUGCCCAGGAGUCGCCAUUUUGCGUAGGUGGCGCUGCGAGCGAGAAAACAACAAAGCAGUAUUCGCGCAUGAGCUUAUCUAAAAACAUGUUUGAGUCACUCUUUAAUUGUGACCUUGAACCAAAUCUCUUCAACGCUCACAGUUGAUAAUAUUAAAAUGUAUAACUGGGGCAUUCAUUCACGGACAUCCUGUACAAUCAGAGGUCACAAAAAAACGGGGCGCCCAGUCCUCGAGCCUGAUAGUCAAUAAGACCCACUAGAUACUAACGCGUAGCAGUGGAUUCACCCUAAGCAGCUAUACAAAACCAAAUCUCCUCAUAUUUUCAUAGUAACAUGUUGUAAGUUGUAAGUCGCCAAUACUCCAAAUUUAUAAUGCCACCAGACGCAUUUGAAAAAAAUAUAGAUACUGAAAGGGACAUUAACGCCGGUAUUAAAAUUUCAAUUCCAAUUCACAAAAUGUAUAAAUCAGUAGGCACUACCACUACGUAUAAAAACUAACUUAAAAAAUCAUCGCUCUGUUACCUGUAAAAAAAACAAAAGAGAAAUUGUUUAAGAUACAAAUAUUAAUUAUAGUACGUACUCUUAUAAUAUGGUUCAAGCUUAUUAUAGAUAAAAUAUUCCACCUUACGAAAGUUUUUCAGGAACUUCAACCCAAAGUAGUUUCCACCAUCGUAAAUUAGCAGCUGAAAUGAUGAGUAACAAGGAUGAAAGGAGCCUGAAAAAAGAAAAAAAAAAGCCACAAAUAAUAAUCCUAAUCGUUUACUUUUAACGUGCUUUAUGUUACUUUGAGUCGAAAAAGAUUAAAUAUUCUGCCACGUGUUCAUUCCCUGGCAUACGUAACUAAUGUAGCCUUAAGCCCUUUCAUUGUGGACAGCCAAAUCUGACUUCAGAAAAAAAAUUACCAUGUUCCAUAUUUUAUUGUACUAUUAUGCAUUGCCAAAUAAAUCUGCCUUUUAAUGUAUGAGUAGUAAAAUUUAGUUUUUUGUAAGCUACUGUUAUAUUAAUAAAGUAUUGUCUUUUAUUAUUAAAAUGAGCACAAAAUUGCAUAAAUCUUUGUUUCUAGACGUUAGUCUACGUGUUGUUUAAACACCCUUACAUAACCAAUAUCCCUAAAAUAUAUAAGAAUGGAUAGUUGUAUAAACAACUUUAAGUUAAAUAUGAAAGUUUAACUUUAUAUUUGAGUUUGAUAACGCACAACGCUGUUUUAGUCGUUACAAAAUAUCCUGUAUAUAAAUUAUAUAUAUGUAUGUAUAUCAAGGCCACAAAAUAUAGCCUAAGUUUGAAGAAAAACCUUUUUUCUUUCAAAAGAAGUACUCCGUGUAUGCUUGUUCCUAGUCUGUCUAUAAUAAUAAAAUGUUUAUGCGUAUAAAAAGUAAAUCUAAUUGGUGACUGUAUUAUUACACACCUCUGCAGCAAUCUAUUUACAUAAAACACGUGAAGAAUCAUUUAACUUUAUUUUGAACACUAUUUGAUCACUUCACUGAAAUUUCAGGACCUAAAAGACUUAAGACGGCAAAUUAAUUUUUUUUAUUUAACUAAAUUGAAGUUGUGGUGCCAGAUUCAUAUUAAGGUGCAUGGCGUACGUAUAGAAAGCAUUACCGUUGCAAUCCACAGUGCAAUAUAGGCAUGCCUCAAUAAAAAUAGAUGUCUAAUGUUGAACGCACCGAGGUGACGAUGUUGGAGUUCUACUGAAGCGUUAAGAGCAUACCUGACAGCUAAGAAUGAACCUACAAUUUCACAGAAUUGUGUAGCGAAGUAAGGCGAUGUUAAAGUUUCGUUAGCAUUCAGUCAGUAUAUUUUGAGAUAGUAUAAAACAUUAGUUUUUGAGUUGGUGCCUUUUAAAUCGUAACCUUAUGAAUAUAUAUUUUUUGGAGGUGUAAAUUUUUUUCGUGAUAUUAAAAUAAAUCAGUAGCGUGCUUUCUCGCAAUUUUUAUAAGCAUGGCUUGAUAACAAAUGCAUUAAAAAUUGUUGCAAACAUUAAAGUAUAAUUAAAAUAAAUAAAUUUCACUUAUCAUGUACGUUAUUCACAUUUCGUUUUAAACAAAUAAAAACAUGUAAUUCUGAUGUCGCGACAGUAGGUACAUACGAGGUUUUCAACUAUGCAUGUAUCCUUUCUCCAAAGAAGCUGCAGCCAGGCACCUAUGUGUUUCUGAGAAACUUAAGCUUCCUAUAUCUACGAGUUCCCAAGUCCCGAGAACUCCUGUACACAUCCUGAGUCGCGGAUCAGCUUCUUCUAGCUACACCACCCGUAUCACUCCGCGGAAUAGGCCUACUUUAGUGUUUACUAAACUCUCCGUGGUUGCAUUUUGAAUAAUUAUUUGCACGCAUUAGGCUCAGCACCAUCAUCAGUGUUAGACGCAAAGAAGCCAUACCAUUUUCGAACUCAAACUCAACUCAAACCAUUAAAAAUAACUUUUACUCGAGGCCUACUUUUUUCACGAUGUUAAAAAAACAGUAGUGUGGGUUCUUGCAUUACUUUUCUUACAAUUGUUAUACUGCGGCUUGGUAAUAAGAGAAUCUAUUACAAGUCACGAUGAAUGCUACAGAGGUAUGUUUUUAAUUAAAAGCCCCAUAAAUGUCUGUACGCCAUAUUAAGUUGUACCUGUUCGAGACUGUACUUAUGCUCAUAAUAUUACGGUCACCUUUGGAGGUUUUGUGUUGCUAUGUCUCCUCAUUUUGACUCACAACAAAAUUAUUCAUCCUGCCAUAGAUUUUAAGUAUUUAGUUCCAUGCAUAGUUUUUUUAAGGUUUGUGUAGGCUUGUAAAUAGCGCAUAUAUAUACAUAUACAAACAUAAGAACGAAUAAGAAACUAAAAGUAUUAACGCUGUGGUUAAGUGUACUACAUAGAUGCUAUUAUAAAUGUUGAUGUAAAUAUGUUCAAAUAUAUAAUGCAACCUGUUGAAUUAAGUAAAAACAAAUUAUAUCAUAUGAAAGUGGUAUUUUGUUAAGAUAAAUAUUGUUACGCUGAUGUGUUGAUAUUUUAAUUGAUCAAGUUUAUUGUACAAAUUAGACACGUCAUUAUUUGAGGGUUUUUAUAUAUGUAUCUAGCUGUACUGGAGAAGUGUAAUUGUUUUGUAAGGCCCGCCAUGUACAAAGGGAGAUAGCAAUACUAGGAGAGUCUCGAGGCAACAUCCCAAGUCUUCCAGCGGGUCACCGCGCCAGGGCGCCCUCCCCAGGGCUGCCAACUGUGUGCCGGUCGACCCGUCCACCGCGCGCCUUGUAGCCCAGGCAGCGCGCGGUCUCACUCACGUGUCUGUUUCCGUGACUGUAGCAUCGUUUCUUUGCGUCGAUGAGGCCCGCCCAGGCGAAGCCUCGGCUGCGUGUUUCGAAGAUGUGAUGUCCACUUACAUGUGUUUAAGUUUGAACGAUAACAAACUCACUCACUUAAUGUUAAAUUCACUGCUAACCAUGUUUGGAGUAUUUUGAAUGUAAUAUUUGUGAAGUAAGAGUGAUUCUGAUACUAUACCCACUGCCGUCAACUUUGCUAGUGAUCUACCUUCACACAGUUCAGUUGAUUUACUAUCAGAUAACAUAUUUACAUCCCAUUUGAAGCUAAACGGCAAAAAAUUUACCGAAUCAUGUUUCACAUGAAACAGUCAUCAGCCUUUAUUGAGGUCCCUCUAUGACUAUACUCACGAUAAAACUUUUCUUACUAGUCCGCCAUUGUUGCGAUGCCUGGGAGGGCUACAUCUGUACAUUGCUUAAGUAGCUAUAAAUUAUUUUUUAGAGGAUUGAUAGCUAACUGUUGGAAAGUUGUGUGACUUAGUGUGAAUACGUGUACAUGUUCAGAGUUGUAGAAAAUAUGAUGUACUAUUAGUGUGAACUAUGUAAAUUUCAAUAAUGUCUCAAAAUAAAGAGAGAUUAGGUUAUUGUU